AUGUCCUCUGCUAAUCUACUCUCACCCGAGCAUCGCGAGCAUCGCGAAUCCGAGCCACUCAGGGCUGCGGUCGACUAUUCGCCUGAAGUAAUCGACAAGAUGAAGCUCCCGCCCAGCGAGGAAGGGGAUAGUCAGUUCAAGGGGCAGAAGCGGUGCACCUUUGACCACGACCACAACGAGCAAUGUCACUCGGCGCUCCAUUCGAAGCAGCCGAUGGCACACCAGAAGCCGAUCCAGGCUCCCAAGGAACACCGUUUCUUUAACAAGGACAACCCGAGGCCGCCUCCUGUGAAGCCUGAUGAAUUCGAGUGGCUCGAAGUUGGGAAGAAGUAA